CUCACUUUUGCCCUUUCAAACCUAUUGCAGAAUAGUCUACCCUGUUUAAAAUGGAGGUCCAAGACGACAUAUCCGGAUAUUUUGGCUGGAGAUCAAACAUUGAACAAAAUGAACUUCCAGAUUCUUUUUUCAGGCCCCGUAGACAAGUCAGUGCAAAGGACCUUCAUCGAAGACUCAGCAUUAACAAGUCUCCUAAAAAAGAAGUGGUGUCCAAGGAGGAGGUCCCAAGGAACAAGAUCCCGCAGAACAGGGAGGUCGAUCUCAUCAAUAAAUGGAAGGAGAUGGAUACUGCAGAAGAUGAACUAAAGAGAACAAGAGUUCUCUAUCAGAAGAAAAUGAUGGAAUUUCAGGCUCGUUGGAGGAAAAUUGAGGCAGGUCAACUUGAAGUAAAACAGAACCUUGUUAAAUUCAACAACUUUGUGAGAGAGAAGCAAGGGAAGGUGGAGGGAGGAUUAGAAAAGGCUCACCAGGAGAUCCUCCAGCAGGAGAUGAAAACUCUUGAGCUUGCUGAAUUAGAGAAAGAAAAAGUUCUCUACGAAGAAGCAAAAAAUACAUUAGAAACAGCGGUGGAGGAUAAAAAAGUAUUUUUAAACUAUCUUCAGUCUGUGGUGGACAUUGUUCCCGAGACAUUUCCAGACAUUCGUCGUCUCAUGGAGAGAUGUCAAGCUCUAGUUGCCACAAGGGAUAAACUCCGAGCCCGGCUCUCUCAGAUAGAAAAGACAAGAGAAGAAGAGGCACGUUCUCUAGAGAAGUUCAGUGAACUUAGAAUGGAGGGAACACUGGACUAUAACGUGCGCUUGGCAGAACUACAACAGAACGCGGCUAAGCUUGCAGCAAGAACAUUAGAAAGAAGAACAAUACUGGAGAAUAUAAUAGAACUUAGCAAAGAAAAAAAAUUGUUAAUUUCUAACAUCAAACUGGCGAUUUCAAAUAUGCACAGAUAUGUUUUAAAAAGAGCAGUUGUUGUUCCUGGUGCACCUAAGGAAACGAAGACAGAAGAGCUAGGCGUGCCUGAACAAUUAAACACCAUCAUAGCACAUAUUGAAGAUUUGACGGUAGUGAAUGAACGUGUUAAAAAAUCCGACCUUGGUAUUGGUUACCUUGACCCGCUGGCUAGUGAAGCAAGCGAGCUUAGAAUAGAUUACUGAACACUCAACACUCAACAGUUUAUAGUUACCAGGGAGUAAGGAAUAGAAAUGAGAUAUAACUGACGCGGUUCACCCUACCAUAUGAUUAUGCG